AUGGCGCGCACUUCGCUUGCCAAUCUGUUUCUUGUGGCAUGUCUUUCUCUCCUCGCCACUGCUGUUUCGACAAACAAGCUUGUUCCUUAUCAAGAGAACGGCAAGAAGUACCAGUGCAAAUGCUCGCCGGCAGAUGAUUGCUGGCCAAAGGCCAACGCUUGGGAUAAGCUCAACAAGACCGUGGGAGGGAACCUCGUUAGGCAUAUCCCGCCAGCAGCCGUCUGCUACAAUCAGUAUCGCGGAAUAGCAACAUAUGAUGCCGCUAAAUGUGCUGAGGCAACUGCAAAAUGGACGGACGAGAGGUGGCAAAUUUCUCAACCAGCAUCUCAACUCUGGACAUGGGGAAGCAACAACACCUGCGAACUCACCACUGAUCCCACGAAAACCUGUACUCUUGGCAACUAUCCUGAGUUCGUCAUUAUAGCCAGGACGAAGGAUCAUGUCAAAGCUGGUGUCAACUUUGCAAAGUCAAACAACCUGCGAUUAGUCAUUCGCAACACGGGCCACGACUUCGAAGGCCGAAGUGCAGGCGCCGGAUCAUUGGCUAUCAACACACACAACUUCAAGGACAUCUCCUUUGUUGACAAGUACGGAGGCCCAGGGGACUACAAUGGCCCUGCAAUCACCAUCGGGGCUGGUGUCCAGGGCUUUGAAAUCUCUGCUGCAGCGCGUGCCCGCAACCCGCCUCAGAAUGUGGUCACUGGCGAGUGCGAGACUGUGGGAGUCGCGGGAGGCUACAUCGGUGGCGGCGGCCACGGGCCCCUGAGCGGCAACUAUGGUUUUGGUGCAGACCAAGCACUCUCUUUCGAGGUUCUCACUGCAUCCGGCGGCUUCAUCACUGCGAACUCCAAGUCCAACCCCGAUCUGUACUAUGCGCUCAAGGGUGGCGGCCCCGGCAACUACGCAGUUGUCUUGUCUGUUACCCUCAAGACAUACCCUGACACCAUUCCCGGUGCAGCACUAUAUCUGAACGUCAACGGCACCACAGGCGCAAACUUUGAUCAGGUCACAAAAGCUGUCAACAAGCUCCACGAGCUCGGAAACUACCUGGUCGACAACGGGCUUUACGGCAUCUACGAGUUAUACCCAGCGGUGAUUGGGGGGGCGUUGCACGUACAACCUAUUAUGGGUAUGAACAAGACCGCCAGAGAACUGACUGCCAUUGUACAGCCACUUCUGUCCUACCUCGACGCUGAAAAAAUACCUUACGAUUUUGGCGUCAAAGAGUACCCCGACUACUACACCCUCUUCCACGACAUCUUCGAACCAGAGGCUGCAGCUCAAAACGGUUUGACGGGCGGCUGGGUUUUCACGCAUGAGGACAUGGCGAACAACCAACCCGCCAUCGCCGCAGCAAUCCAACUGGCUCUGGCCCCGGCACCGAACCAGUUCGGCAUCGUCAUCAGCCACUUCUUCGAUCCGGGCAACAAGGUAAAGAAGGCCGAGAGCGCGACGCACCCGAGAUGGAGGGGAGCUACGAUGCGAACAAUGGCCAUCUUACCACAGGCGCUCGAUGCGACCUGGGCUACGAAGCUGGCACUCAACGAUCUCAUGGCCAACACCAUCACCGAGAAGUUCAAGCAAGCCGGACCCAAUGGACUCGCCUACGUAAACGAGAAUUAUGCCUUUAUGAACAAUUGGCAAGACGCCUUUUGGGGACCAAUCUACCCUAAGCUCGUCGCCACCAAAAAGAAGUGGGAUCCCAACAGUGUCUUCUUCUCGUGGUCCACUCCCGGAAGCGAGGAAUGGAGUGUUGUUGACUACGCCAACCGACUUUGUAAAGCGAAAUGA